GGGGAGAUAUCUCUUUCGCAUUGUGUCUAUUGAGGGAUCUUUUGUUCUCUGUCUCUUUCUAUUAGCUCACGCAUUCGUGGCUGGUAGAGUCCUAUAUAAAGAGAGAAGCGACAUCGAACCCCCACCACAACCUUCAGUAUCCAAUUGAGUCCUCCACCGCCAUUUUGGGACCGCUUAACGUCAUCAAACACCAUUCGUAUCAUUCAGACACGCAGUCGCACGCCAACGGCAACAUGAACGCGCUUCUAUACAUGCUGUUAGUGCUUGCACAUUUCUUAUAUAGCCUAUAUUUGGCGAUUCGCAGCACGUGCAUUGUGGUGUACCGGUGGUUCACAGAGUCCUGGUACAGAACGGCGGAAUUCGACGUGCUCGUCCACACGCUCGCGAAAACGAGCAAGACACCUAGGCACCUGGUGAUCGUACUCGGACUGUACGACGAGUCCGUCCUGGAUUGUGUGCGUAUAAUUGGAUGGUGCAUUACACUUGAUAUACCUUACAUCAGCUUCUUCGAUCGUGACGGUUUCUUGAAGAAGAAUGAAGUUAAUCUUAAAGAGGAAUUUGCGAGGAAACGGCCUGAUCUAGUAGAGCAUAUUAUUUGGAAUUCACACGCAAAAGCACCUAGUCAAAAUAGAACAAUUGGAAGCAAGUCGAAAAUAAAUGUAUCGUUACUGUCAAACGUAGACAGCAAAGGAAAAAUAGUGACGUUGGCGCAGUCGCUGGGAAAAGCCAUAUCUUCGGGGGACCUCGACCCAAAAGAAAUUACGGAUGAACUAAUCACUGAAAAAUUACAAAUAAAAGAGAUGCCCGAUCCCGAUCUCGCUUUAAUAUAUGGUUAUACUUAUUCUACACAUGGUAUUCUACCAUGGCACACGAGAACAACAGAAUUUUUAAUGCUGCCGAUGUACGUUAAUGUCUCGGUGAAAGAUUUCAUAUAUUUAUUAGAGAGGUAUAACAAAUGUAUACAACGGUAUGGUAAAUAGUAUGUAAUUAUCCUUAUUUGUAUAAGAGAGAUAUUGCGUUUGGAUAAGAAGAAAUAAAUUAUUAAAAAACUGA